AUGCUCUCCUCAUCUUCUAAUAACAAUAAUAAAAUAGCAAUAGUAAUUGGAUCUGGUCUUGCUGGUUUGGCUGCCUCCUCUCAACUUCUUUCACAGGAUGGAGAUAUCCAAGUCCAUCUUCUUGAACAAGCAGCUAGGACUGGGGGAAACAGUAUAAAAGCAUCAUCUGGGAUAAACGGUGCAAAUACAUUGUUUCAACUUGCAUCAAACCCUCCUGUAGAAGAUAGCGUGGAGAGGUUUUAUGAUGAUUCGGUGAAAUCGGCUGGAGAAGUUAUGCGGAGUAAUAGUGGUGAUGGCGAGGAGAGGAAUGCAAGGGAGCGCUUAAUUAGGUUACUGAGCGAGGAGUCUAAAGGGGCAGUUGAGUGGUUGGGAGCCAAGGGUGUGGAUUUUAGUGUGGUCGCUCAAUUGGGGGGACAUACUAUUGCGAGAACGCAUAGAGGAGGAGGAAAGUCUAAACCACCUGGUGCCGCAAUUGUAGGAACGCUUCUGGAAGAAUUGAAAGGGAACGAUAGGUUUCGUCUUAAGACUUCGUGUAAAGUGGUUAAAGUACUACAGGAUGCUAAGAACGAAGCGGUGAUGGGUGUGGAGUGUAUCUACGAGGAUCAAAAUGUACCACCCAAAACCGAAAAAUUAAUAGGCCCUCUAAUCUUCGCUACUGGUGGCUUCGCAGGCGAUGCAUAUGGAAUGCUAGCACAAUACCGACCGGAUUUAUCCGGAUUCCCCUCUACCAAUGACCCGCGCUCAGGGUCUCAAAAGCUCCUCACAGAUAUUGGAGCUGAACUUAUUGAUAUGGAGAAAGUGCAAGUUCAUCCUACCGCAUUUUUGGAUACUAAAGAUAUCAAUAGCCCGACGAAAUUUCUCGCGGCGGAGAUGUUAAGAGGUGAGGGAGGUAUACUUCUGAUGGGUGGGAGGAGAUUUGUAGAUGAAUUGGACACGAGAAAGGUUGUAACAGAGAAGAUCAUGGAGUAUGAGGAAAUGAAAAGGGAAAAGGGAAAGCCGAGACAGUGGGAUGUUAAGCUCGUGAUUGAUGAGGGGAUAUACGAGAAGACUAAAUCUCAUGUAGACUUUUAUUUGUGGAAGGGCUUGAUGAAGAACGGUACCAUUUCUGAAGCAAACUUAGGAGACGAGGCAGUAGAUACUUUGCAGAGGUAUGCAGAUGCGGCGGCGAAAAAAGUCACAGAUGAUUUUGGGAGGAAAACCUUUGGAUAUUGGAAGUUAGGUGAGGUAAAGUCUGAUUCAGUAAUAUACGUUGGAAGAGUUACGCCGGCAAUUCACUUCACAAUGGGUGGUGUAAGGAUUGAUGAGGAAUCGAGAGUUUUAAAUACGGAAAAGAAGGUAAUUCCAGGAGUUUGGGCGGCAGGUGAGGUUACGGGGGGAAUUCAUGGGGAUAAUAGAUUGGGUGGUAGUUCAUUGUUGGAAUGUGUUGUUUUUGGACGGAGGGCUGCUGACGGGGUUUUGAAGUCACUGGUUGGCUGA